UUCCCCCUUUUUUUUUGUCGAAAGGUAAUCGAUUAGGUAGAAGAUCCGUAAUUUUCGACGAAUACGAUGUCGGGAAACUGCCUCGCUCCCCAAAUUAUCAUCGCCAUUACAAGAUAAGGUCAAAUAUUGACGAUGAUUCCCUCUCCAGGAAGUUGGCUAGAUACUAUUCGAAGAGAGGAGAAGGGAGAUUAAGGAACGCCGCCGAUUCAAUGAGUCAAAGAAUCAGAUUGAAUAGGAACAGUUACGAGAGUCCCGUAGGGUCUUACAUGAUACCUAAGCGCUACAAAUCCUUUCGUUCCCUGGAUUAUGAAACUAGAAGCCCUGAAGAGGAUUAUGGCACGGUUCAAACUAACAGCGUCGACGAAGAAACAUUGGCUCCUCCUGAUUCGACCGAAAUUCCUAACUUAUUCCAACCUACUACCUUAAAGUCUAUGAUCAAAGGUUUUGACAAUUACGAAAUCAGCCAAAAUAAUAGAAACGGGCCUAGUUCAAUAAAUAAGCCUCUAGACGAGAGUUCUAACGAUUGUUACGAUUCUUUUAAAAACGUGGUUAAAUGUUUGGGUGACGUCAACUAUUUUCGGAGAUCACAUCCGCCAUCCACUGAAGACGAAACUAUCACGAAUCAAUGGAAUGACGAAGCGACAACAGGCGGUUGGCAACCAAGAACUCCCAAAAAUUCUCACCAAAAACCUUACAAUUACAUGAUGCCGCUCUACUUUG